GACGACGUUUGCAACGGUGCGGCAGACUGCGAAGACAUCAGCGACGAGGCCGAAUGUCCUGUCGAAGGGCUGGUCAAUGCGACCAGGGAAUGGACACCCGAUUUCGAGAUGUUCAUAUGCGACCAGUAUGAAUUUUUAUGCGACAACGGGACUUGCAUAUCUGAAGACAGAGUCUGCGACGACGUCGACGACUGCGAGGACGGCAGCGACGAGAGCCAGUGCGAUUACGGUGACGUUUACUACGACGUGAGCCUCGAGAACGGGAGCGAAACUAAGAGAAACGGAUGCGGCGAGAGACAGUUCGCUUGCGACGGGAUCUGCAUCGAUUCGGCCCUGUUGUGCGACAAUUCGACUGACUGCGAAGACGGAUCGGACGAGGCCGAUUGUGGACCCAAAG